AUGCCUUCAGCAGAGCCUCCCAUUUGUACCACCUUAGGCCUCUUCAUAAUAGAUGAUAACAUAUAUCCAGACUCAUGGAACAGGCCUUCUGAGCAUGACAUCGUCGGUGGAGGGGCCUCGUACGCUAUAGUUGGUGCUAGAAUUGCAAGCGGACCUCGGCUUGGUGCGAGGGUAGCAGGGAUUAUAGACAAAGGCACAGACUUUCCUCAGGAUGUCGAGGACGAAAUCAAUGCGUGGGACGCCGGUCCGAUCUUUCGUGAGAACAAAAAUCGCUUGACCACACGAGGAGCUAAUGUCUAUCAAGAGGAUGGUUUUCGUUCAUUUGUUUACAAGACACCCAAGAAACGCAUUGAACACCACGACAUUGUGGAAACUGGCAACUUGAUUUACCUGAAGACAUUCCAUAUGUGCUGUGCUGUAGAUCGCUGUGAACAGAUAAUAGACUGUUUUCACGAGAAGUUGAGAAACACAGAGACAGAUAAGCCAUUGUAUAUCUUUGAACCCUUUCCCGAUAUUUGUGUGCCCGAGAACUUCGAAGCGUUGGCAAACAUUCUACAUAAAGUAGAUGUCUUCAGCCCAAAUUUGGAAGAGGCAGCAAGGUUUCUAGGUGUGGAAGUGCCGCAUACAGAGGAAGGUAUUAGCAAGUUGGCAGAGAAGUUCAUUCAAUUCUCUCCUAAACAUGGGGGCGUUGUGAUCAGGUGUGGGGCUUUGGGUUGCUACAUUCGGACUAGAGGCGAACUGUUCAUGUUGAAAGCCUAUCAUACAGAUCAAAGUAAGGUGGUGGAUGUCACUGGAGGCGGCAAUUCGUUCUGCGGUGCAUUCAUAACAGCAUUAUACUUAUCGCACAAAGACUGGAUGAUAGCGGGAGCAUUUGGUAACGUUGCAAGUGGAUGCAUCAUAGAGAAGCUUGGAAUGCCACUUCGAAAAGCUGGGACUGAAGAAUGGAAUGGUACUUCAAUCAUGGCCCGCUUACAACACUACGUCGAAGUCAAUGGCUUGGAUAUAGAUUUAGAAAAGAUAGAAUGGAUGUAA